AUGGAUCUUCCCCCACUCUCACAAGAGCAACUGACCGCCGUCGUUGCCUCUGCUAAAACGCCGACGGAGCUCUACGAAACACUAUCAGACUAUGAAAGCCAGGCUUGUCUGCUCUCCAUGCAAAAGGGCAAACAUGCAGAACUACUAAGUCUUUACUACUCUACAUACUUCUUCUCCAACCUUCUCUUAGACAAAACCAUCGAAGCUCGCCUAACGACACAACGCAUGCCACAAGAAUUAUUACAAAAUGACUCGUCGCUACAGAAUUGUUUGACGCUUCUCCGAGCCGUUUGGCAACGGAAAUAUGAGCAAGUUUACAAGAUCCUGCGAGAACUGCCGUGGCCAGAAGCACUCCAACCCAUAGUCCAAAGUUAUGAAUCUCAUUUCCAGGAAAAGACGUUAAAGGAAGUCAGCAGAGCCUACGAGGCGAUAAGGCCAGCAGCCGCUGCAACCUAUCUCGGCCUUGAUCCUGCGGCUGCACAACAGGGCGAUCCGGCCAUCAUGCAAAAGUUCAUAGCGUAUGGAUGGACCUGGGAUCAGGAGAAAGGGCUGUUGCACCCGAAACCGAUCGUCGAUGAAGUCCCUAAGAAAGAUGUUCGACUGUACAAUGAACUAAGUGAGGUCAUGGCGCUGAUCGGAAAUCGCCGGAGUUAA